AACCAAUCACAAUGAGCUGUCGUGUCCAAGUGGUUCUACGGCGAGUCACUAGGUCCUAAAAAGCCGUGACUGAGCAUUUGUCUCCAGCCAACUAAGAAAACAACAUAACUGUUCACAGAGUCAAGUGACGACAUAAAUCAUAUUCAACAGAAUGAGGAGAGGCAGGUGUAGCGUACAGUGGGGGGGUCUGCUCCUCCUCCUGUCCUCCUCUCUGCUCUGCGUUGACUCUCAGGGGGAUCCACAGGGGCAGCAGCCGCCGCCCGUCGUAGAAAGUGCGGCUCACAUAACCGGCCACGGUCGCCUGGACAAAAACAUGGUCCAGGACAAAGACCACAUCAUGGAGCAUUUAGAGGGAGUGAUAGACAAACCAGAGAAAGACAUGUCACCGCAGGAGCUUCAGCUGCACUAUUUCAAGAUGCAUGAUUAUGAUGGCAACAACCUGCUGGAUGGACUGGAGCUUGCCACAGCUAUCACACAUGUACACAGAGAGGAGAGAGGAGAGAACGGCCAGCCAAUGAGAGAGGAAGACCUCAUUAAUCUCAUCGAUGAUGUUCUGAGGGACGAUGACAAAAACAAUGAUGGUUAUAUAGAUUACGCAGAGUUCGCCAAAUCUCUGGAGUAGAAUGUUACCUGAACACUGACAUCAUUCAUGUCCACAACAACAACAACAAGGAAUCCGCAGAGAAGAGAAGUCAGACUGAGACGCUGGCACCCGCGCUGUCCAACACUCACCGUUUAAUCUUUCCUUUCUCUCUCGCAGGUUAUCUUUUUGUUUUUUCACUUUUCAAGCUUAUGAUACGUCUUUUCUUUUGUCAUGUAAUGUCCUUGAAAUCAUGCCAUUUGUAAAGGGUCAGUUCACUAUCAAACUAUGAUUUUUUUUUUUUAACUUAACCCCUCAUGUAUCCAAGCAUAGAAAUAUGUUUUUAAAAUUCUUUUUGCUGAAGUUGAGAGAUCUCUGUGGAGUACAUCUACCAACGAAAACUACACAUGGAGAUCCGUGGACUACCUGGAGAGACCUGGACAUUAUUUCAUGUCAUACUUUUACUGCAUAAAGCGUCCCAAAAAAGAAAUUGGUAGGGAAGCAGAAAUCUCAGUGGCAAUUUAAAAUCUGCCAAAUAUGGGGAAUGGACAAUAUGCCUGCGAUUUUGGUAGUUUUGGGUGAGUUGGCCCUUUAAACUUGAAGUACAGUCAACAGUGUGGGUUCUCCUUCUUUUAGUUGUGCUACCUAUAAUUCUUUGUGGUCGCCCAAUAGCAUUUAAACAGAAUGUCAUCACUUAACAUGGCCUGCUGUUUCAAAAGCAUUUCACCGGGUGCAGUGUGCGCGCUGCUCUGUGAUACUCAGCAUUUUUUGGACCAAAUGAUUCCUUCUGUGAAUCCAUCUCAUUUGCUGUUUGUGACGAGACAAAUGGGUCGUUCUCAUCACAUUUGAAGGUUGCCUUGACCUGCCCAGAUGUUCAGUGUAUAGCCUGAUGUCAUAUGUGUAGAGAGGUUUAUUCUGGAGGGAAACCAGCAGUUACAGGCCGGACAACCCGACACUGAAUGUCACCAGCAGAGACUCCGUGCAGCAUAGUGGCACGUCGGCGCCACACGUUUCUUCUUGAUGUUGUAUUUGCUGUUGUUUUCAUGAAGAUUUAUAUGAGUCAAUCAGCACCAAUUUUCACUGUAGCGCGUUGGCCAGCAGAUACUCAUCAUUAAUCUGACUUCAUGGAGUGAAUGUAAAGCAGCACCAGGCUGCUGAUCUUUAUCACUGGAUAGUCUCAAAGCACACUGGUUGAUGCUGCUGCAGCUGCAGGUGUUGAUAAGCUGACUUCUCUUUGUGGUUUUCCAGUGGAGCUGUUGUUAAAAACCAUUGAACUCAACAUGUUCACUUCAAAUCAUUAGCUGCCUUUAAAACAGAUAUGGAUCAAACAUCUGUGUGUGUGGGUUCUGAAUCCAUCUGUGAUUCUUUCCGAGGUAUAAUUUCAUAUUGAUGAAUUCUAUAUUUUUGCCAUCAGUAUUGAUUCUUCAAUCGAUUGAGGUUGUUGAAUGAAAAUAUUUUAAAAAAUUUCAAAGCAUAACAGAUGCGACUGUGUUGUCUCUGGAAUGUGAAAUAUUAAAGAUGUUAAUCUACACAUGA